CUGCCGAUGCUCUAGCUGACCAUCCUCACGAUUCAAUUUGCGGUGCACCAUCCCGAUUCCCUCGUCUUGUGACGGUAGGCAGCAUUACUGCUAGCACACGUUCUCCUACUUUUUCUUGUCAUCCUCUUGUUGAUCGGCUCGAUUCACAUCUGAGUGCCUUAAUUCACAUCGGAGCGCCUUCAUGGUCAAGACUCAGUUCGCCAUGGAUCAAGCGGAAGAGAAGCGCACCACCAGUCACCAUGAAGACAUGAAGGAGGAGACCACCCAUCAAGCAGCUGAACGCGGGCAUGUUGCUACUGAUAUUUAUGGCCAUCCUCUCGUCCAUUUCGACCCCGCCGCCGAGUCCCGCCUCCGUUGGAAGAUCGAUCUCUGUAUCAUUCCAACGGUAGCCUUACUCUAUUUGUUCUGCUUCAUCGAUCGAGCCAACAUCGGCAACGCAAAAAUAGCUGGGCUUGAAAAGGAUCUGAAAUUGAAGAACUACGAUUACAACGCAGUUCUUUCAGUCUUCUACAUCUCGUACAUUAUAUUCGAAAUCCCUUCUAAUAUAUGCUGCAAAUGGAUCGGUCCUGGGUGGUUUAUCCCCGCAAUCUCACUUGGUUUUGGCAUUUGUUCUAUUGGAACCGCGUUUGCCAACAACAUUCACACCAUCAGUGGUGUGCGCUUCCUGCUCGGCAUCUUUGAGGCUGGGAUGCUUCCUGGCAUAGCAUAUUAUUUGAGCCGUUGGUACCGCCGCUCCGAGCUAGCGUUCCGGCUAUCCCUAUACAUUGUGAUGGCACCUCUUGCUGGAGCUUUCGGUGGUCUAUUGGCUUCUGCAAUUCUCAAACUGGAUCACUUUGGUGGUCUCCAUCGAUGGAGAAUGAUUUUUGCUAUCGAAGGGAUUAUCACAUGUGGCCUAUCAGUCAUAUCCUUUUUUACCCUCACGGACAGGCCUGCAACCGCUAAGUGGCUAUCUCAGGAAGAAAAAGACCUCGCUAUUGCCCGAGUUAAGUCAGAACGAAUCGCCACCACGGAGGUUCUCGAUAAACUUGAUCUGAAGAAAACGCUCCGUGGAAUUCUCAGCCCGGUAACCCUCGUAACUGCUUUUAUCUUCUUACUCAAUAACAUAACGGUACAAGGCCUGGCCUUCUUUGCCCCGACGAUUGUACAGACUAUAUAUCCAAAGGAGACUGUCAUCAACCAGCAGCUUCAUACGGUACCUCCGUAUGUAGUUGGAGCGUUCUUCACGGUCUUAUUUCCCUUCCUCAGUUGGCGAUACGACAAGCGGAUGAUCUUUUUCAUCCUAGGAAGCCCGCUGAUAAUGAUUGGAUAUAUUAUGUUCCUUGCAAGUACCGAUUCCCAAGUCCGGUAUGGCGCUACCUUUAUUAUCGCCAGUGGAGCUUUCGCCUUUGGUGCUCUUUGCAACGCGCAUGUUUCCGCUAAUGUGGUGUCUGAUACCGCUCGAGCAUCUGCCAUCGGAACGAAUGUUAUGUUUGGGAACAUUGGAGGUCUUAUCUCAACAUGGAGUUUCCUCCCUUUCGAUAAACCAAACUACCAUAUCGGAAACGGGCUCAACCUCGCUACAUCCUCGACGAUCCUUAUUUUAUCGAUUUGCUUGCUCUUAUGGAUGAAUUGGAGCAACAAGAGCAGGGAGCAGACGGCUGUCGAUGAAGAGCUGGCUGGUCUCACCCAGCAACAGAUUCAGGAUCUGGACUGGCGUCAUCCUAGUUUCAGGUGGCGACCAUAA